AUGGCGAACACAGGGAUCGGGGUCUCUUUUGACCCUAAUGACAUGACCAGCUGGUACUUCAGAGAUCUGUCUCGCGCUGAGGCUACGAGGCUGCUCCUCAACGAGACGGAGAGUGGAGUGUUUCUCGUCAGGGACUCCAAGACUAUCACAGGAGACUAUGUGCUGUGUGUCAGAGAAGACGACCGAGUCUCCCACUACAUAAUAAACCGCGUUGUAUCCGCGGACGGAACGAUCCGGUUCCGGAUCGGAGACCAGCUCUUCGCCGACAUGCCGGCGUUGCUAGCGUUCUACCGGCUUCACUAUUUGGACACGACGCCCUUAGUCCGGCCACUGCCGCAAGCGCUGGCGAAGGUAGCCGCCCCACCGCCACAGCAGCCACACCAGGUUUUGGAGCUGGUUAUCGCGAAGUUCGAUUUCUCAGGAAAUGACGCCGAUGACCUUCCAUUCCGUCGCGGAGAGCGACUGAUGGUGAUCAACCGUGACGAGGAGCAGUGGUGGACAGCUCGCAACAGCCUCGGACGCACCGGCUCCAUACCCGUGCCUUACGUGCAGAGGAUCCUAGACCCAUCGGGUGUGCCAUACCCACCGGCAGAGGCUCUCAACCACCUGGCGGACCCGCCCAGUCCGCCCAGCAUCAAACACCCUCAACAACGUACUAAUAUGCAGCGCACUCUCCCCGCGCUAGCUCGGGUGAAGCAGCCGAGGGUGCCCAACGCCUACGACAAGACAGCACUCAAGCUGGAGGAGGGAGAUAUUAUUAAAGUGACAAAAAUCAAUAUAAACGGCCAAUGGGAAGGCGAGCUACACGGCAAAAUCGGCCAUUUUCCAUUCACAUGUGUCGAGUUCUUAGACGAAAAUCAGGCGAGUUAA